UCACAAACUAUUUGCAAAUCCAUCGAUUUCCAUCUUCAUCUCAGAUUUCUUCCAUUUCCAUCUUCUGGUCAUCGACAUCUUCAUCUGCAAAAUCGAUUUAUUGUUUUAAACUACCACCACCAACAAAAUCGAUUAUCUUCAUCUUCAAGAACGAUCGAUUUGCAGAUUUCUGAGCAAGCUAAAUAGAAUCCUUCUAUUAGAGAUCUUUACAAGGGACGGCAAGGUUCACAAGUCUGCGCUUAUUCUAGACAGAUUUUUUAUUCCAAAUAGUGUGUACUCAAACCUUGUUGAAGAGAUUUGGAGAGAAUGAAAGCUUUAGGAUGGUGGUUGAUGUUGGUGGGUUCACUCCGGCUGGCCUCUGUAUGGUUUGGUUUCUUUGACAUUUGGGCUCUUCGCCGUGCAGUCUUCUCUCAAACCACCAUGUCUGAAAUUCACGGAAGGACGUUUGGAGUGUGGACGCUUCUUACUUGCACUCUGUGUUUCCUGUGUGCAUUUAACCUUGACAACCAACCGCUUUAUCUAGCAACCUUUUUAUCGUUCAUCUAUGCACUUGGUCACUUUUCGACAGAAUACUUGAUCUACCACACCAUGGCCAUUCAAAAUCUCGCAACGGUUGGUUUCUUUGCAGGGACAUCGAUAGUGUGGAUGUUGUUACAAUGGAGGACACAUACUCGAUUGAAGAAGGAAUGAAAAUGUGUCAUCUCCUUUCGGCAACCAUCKUUGGGCGUUUACGCCUUUUUCAUGUAUUUGUAUCGUAAGACACUUGCAGGAUCGGCUUUUGUUGUACUAAAAAUAACUAAUCUUUGAUUCUUUUGUGCUAGACUUCUUGUUGUUGGACCUCU